AUGGUGACCUUCGACGACCUGCUGGAGGAGGCCGGCUCCUUCGGCCGCUGUCAGAAGCGGAUCUUCGCCCUGCUCUGUCUGCUGUCGCUGCUCUUUGCAGGCGUGUACGCCGGCAUCGUCUUCCAGGGCUUCACCCCGGACCACUGGUGCCGGGACGCCGCAGCUGAGGAGAGGAGGCAGGCCUGCGGCUGGAGCCCGGCAGAAACGGCUCCUCUGCUCAACAGCUCCGGGGUUCUGAAGCACAGCAGCUGUGAGCAGUACGAGCUGGACUGGAACUCAACAGAACCCACCUGCGACCUGCGGGAACUGGACCUGAGCAGCCUGACACUGACAGCAUGCAAGGAUGGCUGGGAGUAUCGGUCUGAAGGCCGGAAGACGUUCGUCACAGAGUUCGAUCUGGUGUGUUCAGACGGUUGGUUGGUGGACAUGUUCCAGUCCAGCCUGAACGUGGGUUUCCUCAUCGGGAGCUUUGCUUUUGGAUAUUUUGCUGACAGGUUUGGCAGAAUUAAGAGUCUUCUCUUGUCCAACACGAUAAAUUUCGUCGCAGGAAUCGCCAUGGCUGUUGUUCCAAACUACAUCUCCAUCCUGGUGCUCAGGGCCGUGCUGGGCUUCAGCAUCAAAGGAGGCUGGAUGACCGCAUACGUUCUGCUCACAGAGAUAGUUGGAGUGGAAUACAGACGAACGGUCGGCAUCUUAUUUCAGAUGAUCUUCAGCGUUGGCCUCCUCAUCCUCCCUCUGCUGGCCUACUUCAUCACCGACUGGCGCUGGCUGCAGGUCGUCUUCACGGCACCGUUUAUUAUUUUUCUGUCUUACUACAGGUUCAUCCCAGAAUCUCCAAGAUGGCUCAUCUCUCAGAACAGUUCCCCAAGAGCUCUGAAAAUCACCGAAGCAAUAGCCCAGGAGAACAGGAAGACACUGAGCACAAAGUUAGAGAGACUAACUCAAGAUGAAGUUGAAUCCACCUCUGCUUCGUUGCUGGACUUGAUCAGAACUCCAAAAAUGAGGAAGCACACCUUCAUCCUCAUGUUUAACUGGUUCACCAGUGCCGUGGUUUAUCAGGGUCUCAUCAUGCGAGUGGGGAUAACAGAAGGAAAUAUCUACACCGACUUCCUCAUCUCCAGCCUGGUGGAGUUACCUGCCGCCUUUCUAAUACUUCUCACCAUUGAGCGGAUUGGCCGGCGGCUUCCAUUCGCCAGCGCCAACAUCAUAGCAGGAGUUUCCUGCCUCGUCACUGCUUUCAUUCCUGACAGCAUGUCCUGGUUAAAGACAACGGUGGCCUGCAUUGGUCGGCUGGGGAUCACCAUGACCUUUGAGAUGGUGGUGUUUGUUAACACUGAGCUCUACCCGACAUACAUCAGGAACCUGGGCGUGUCCGUUUGUUCCACUCUUUGUGACAUUGGAGGAAUCGUCUCUCCCUUCCUGCUCUACAGACUCGCCGUCAUCUGGCUCGAACUGCCACUCAUCAUCUUUGGGGUUGUGGCUCUCAUAGCCGGAGGUUUGGUGCUGCUGCUGCCUGAAACCAGAGGAGUUUCACUCCCCGACACCAUCGAUGAUAUCGAGUUCCCCGAUCGGAAAAAGAGUCAAGAGGAAUAUCAAAGCACAAAGAAACCUUUAAAUACACAAGAAACUGUAUAA